CUCAAUACUACAAUUACAAAUUGCUACAGAAAAUGGAGCAGAAAAAGAAUGCAAAGCUCUCCAGAGCCGUUUUGGAGAUGAAAUUCAUGAAAAAGACCAAAGAAAGAGUCGAGAAGGAAAAAGACGACGCAGAAGGGGAAGCUAUGUAUGCCAACGAAAUUACGGAAGCAAUGCGAAAAAGUGGAAACAUAAACUUCACAGAGGUAGGAAUCUUCACCUGCAAAGACCUUAUCGAAGGUCGACUAUCUUUCAACGGAAUGAAUCCGGAAAUUGAGAAGUUAAUGAACGACUACCAUCAGAAACUAAUCAAAACGGACAAAGUACGAGAGACCGAAAUAUCCGAUGUAGAAAUGGCCAAUGCAUAUUCGUCUACUGUGAACACGAUGGGAAAAAAGUUCGAAACCAAAAGAAAUAGGAAGAAGAAUAAGUUUUUAAAACCGUCCGAUGAUUGACCUUUAAACUCAAUUUAUUUGUUUUAUCAAACAUUAACAGAAUUAGAAAAUUUAUUACAGCUGUAACUUCUUUAACUCGACCAUGAGCUCAUCUUCACUUUUGAUUUUUGCCAGCUGAUUCACUUCUAAUACUUUCCCCUGAGAUUGCUGAUCUUUAAGUUUGCCGAUCGCAUCCAAUUUCUGCAUGUAAAUUGUUAAGGUGUUAGUAAAAUAAAUUGACUACGUUUACCCUU